AUGUCGGCCUUCUCCACCAACGACCUCCGCAGCGGAGCCAAGCCAUACCAAAGAGACAAGAACCAUACUUCCAAAUGGGCUCGAGGUCCAUCUGAGACGGCAAUUACACUGUGCACUCAGCAUGAACAGGCAGACCCCAAGUGUGUCCGGUGCACCGGCCCUCCAGCCAAACGAGAUUACGAUCGUCGUAUUCGACGAUCAGAAGCGAAAUAUAGGCAUCUUCAGCAGAACAAACUCACUGGACAAGCCUCAACUCUUGCACGCAAAGCCUUCCGAAACGAGGUUGUCGAUGCAAUGGAUGGCCCUCUGGCCAACGUUUCUGAUACCUCAUCCGAUGGCGAAGAAGUCCCUGACUCAUCCGCUGCACCUCUCCCAGCAGAGGCUGACUUUAUGUACAACUACGAUGCCUUGACUGGACCUCGUGCUGGCAAUGACAUCUUGAGCAACGCCAUUACUCAAGCUGUUCGUCGGUUCGAGAACAAUGAAACCGAGAAACUCGUCAUCAAAGAAUAUGACGUCGUCAGUGACAAAGACGCGGCAGCAGGAUAUGCAGGCGACUAUGAUGAUGAGCAUGAUUUUGAAAUCAUCGAGCACUCCCAUUUGAAAUGA